UCUAAUAGGGGGACAGACACAUGCCCAGACCAAUCCCCUCCAGCCUGCUAGCCAGACUCAGAGAUGGGGGGGCUUCCAUGAUCCCACUGUCCUCCCCUCCCAUCCUGGGGCUCUCCCCCUCUCUCCAUCCUGCGCUCCUCCUCUCUGGGGGCUGUCUCUCUGCCUUUCCCCCUCUCUCUGUAUGUCUCACUUUCAGCAGCAGGAAGAGAGUUGGCCGCCUGAUGCUGCCAGGCAGUCUGACCAGAGACCACUUGCUGGAUGAGCCUGGGGGUCUGUGCGCUGCCCUGUCCCAGCCACCAUCCCUUUGUUCCCUGUAUGGUCUGGAUGUGGAAGAGACUGAGAGCUCCCUCUCUGGCUGCUGUCUCCCUGUACACAGUGUGUGUCUCUCUAUGCAUCGAUCUGCCAGUCUGCACUGAACACCCCCCACCCACCCCUCUCUGUCUGUGCCCUCCCUGCUGUGUGUAACUGCCUCAGUGCCAUCUGUCCAUUGCUGCUUAUUACACUUUCUCUUUGAUGCUAUUUACUUACACUCAGCUUUUCGUAUGGCUGGUUCUGGAGCGCCCUCUCUGCAUCACUUUGUGCCCACCCCCCUCUCUCUUCCUCAUCUGCCUGCCUAAGUCCUGAUAUUGAUGCAGUUGUUUACCCCCCAUGCCUGUGCCCACCCUCACUCUAUGUGAUGAUGCCUCUUUAACUGAUUUGUCUAAAUCCUCUUAGCUCAUCUGUGUGUGUAAGUUUGUAUCCCUGCCCCCCAGGCAGACUGUCUGAUAGUUCCUAACUAUGGUCAUUUCCAGCACUGAGUGCACUGUGUGAUAAUGCUGCUGCUGCAAGCAUCCUGAUCACUGCUAGAGCUUAUAUACAGAGGCGGCAGCAGGAGGGUCCUCCAGUGACCUGCAGGGGAUCUUAUUGGAAACAUGGACUCUGGCAAAAUGGCUGUGAGUAUAAACAAAGCUAUCAACACUCAAGAAGCAGCUGUCAAAGAAAAACAUGCAAGAACUUGCAUCCUGGGAACACACCAUGAGAAGGGGGCGCAGACAUUCUGGGUAGCUGUGAAUCGGCUGCCUCUGUCAAGCAAUGCAGUUCUCUGCUGGAAAUUCUGCCAUGUGUUUCACAAGCUGCUGCGAGAUGGACACCCCAAUGUUUUGAAGGACUCUCUACGUUAUAAAAAUGAGCUAAUGGAUAUGAGCCGUAUGUGGGGACAUCUCAGCGAUGGUUAUGGGCAGCUAUGUAGCAUCUAUUUGAAGCUGCUGAACACCAAGAUGGAUUUCCACACAAAGAAUCCUCGUUUCCCUGGCAACCUGCAGAUGACUGACAGACAGCUGGAUGAGGCUGGAGAGAACGAUGUCAACAAUUUCUUUCAGCUUACCGUGGAGAUAUUCGAUUACAUGGAAUGGGAGCUCAAUCUCUUUCAUACAGUUUUUAAAUCUCUAGACAUGUCCCGUUCCGUGUCUGUCACCGCUGCUGGCCAGUGUCGCCUCUCACCUCUCAUACAGGUCAUACUAGACUGCAGCCAUUUAUAUGACUACACUGUGAAACUACUCUUCAAGCUGCACUCUUGCCUCCCUACAGAUACAUUACAGGGACAUCGGGAUCGCUUUAUGGAACAGUUUCAGAAGCUGAAGGAUUUGUUUUACCGCUCAAGCAACCUGCAAUACUUCAAACGCCUCCUACAGAUUCCUCAGCUUCCAGAGAACCCCCCAAACUUCUUGCGAGCGUCAGCUUUGUCUGAGCACAUUAGUCCUGUGGUUCUCAUACCUUCAGGAAACUCCCCUCCUGACAGUGAAACCUUAGUGGAGACUGACGAUCUUGUUGGGAUGGACUCUUCUCACCAGAGUCUACCGGAAAAUAAGUUUGAUGAUAUAUUUGGCAGCUCCUUCAGCAAUGACCCUUUCAAUUUCAGCAAUCAGAAUGGCAUGAGCAGGGAUGACAAAGAUCGAAUCAUAGAGCAGCUGUACAAAGAAAUUGCCAUUCUAAGAGAUGAGCUGGGGAACUUCAAAGCAGAGAGUCACCGGUUGGUUAUUAAUCUGAAAGGGCGGAUCCAAGAGCUAGAGGCGGAGUUAGCAGAACAGAAGCACCUGAGGGAGCAGGCAGUGGAUGAAAAUGAGUUUCUGCGCACAGAGUUGGAAGAGCUGAAAAGGAGGAGACAGGAUACAGAGAAAGCACAGAAGAGUCUGACAGAGAUAGAGCGGAAAUCUGUAGCUAAUGAGCAGCGAUAUACAAAACUAAAGGAGAAAUAUGCGGAGCUUGUUCAGAGCCAUGCUGAUCUUCUAAGAAAGAAUGCUGAAGUCACUAAACAGAUGACCCUGGCGCGAGAAGCUUUGGGGGACGUAGAACAUUCUAAAAAGGAACUGGAGGACUCUUAUCAGCGUGUGAAUGAGCACACGCAGAGGAAGGCACAGGAACAGAUUCAACAGAUGGAUGACCUACAGGGGGCGCUAGAGUGCAGCAAACAGGAAGUCCAACUUCUUAAAAGCAACAUAAAUACCUUUAAACAGGAGAGCCAAACACAACAAAAAGAACUUGAAGAAAGCGUUCUACAGCGCCUCCUGCAGGAAGCAGAAAACAUCAUUCAAGAUGCUCUCCACCAACUAGAUGAACCCCUCUACACAAAUGGCAGCGUGUCUACGGAUUUUCUCAUCUCCAGAACAGCGGCGGCUGUAGAAAGCACCGAGAAAUUAGAUGAGACUUGGAAAAGACACAUGUCUGAUACUUCAGAUGUAAGCUUUGUGUUACCGAACCUGGUUCAGUUUGCACAUCGAAUAGGUGAUGUGAUAAUGCAAGGAGCCCAGACUAGGACAUCUGACAAGCUAAGUGACAGCUGUCGGACAUGUGGAACAGAAGCUCUUAACUAUCUCUCCAGCCUGCGGGACAAAGAGAUGCAGAGCGGAGCAGAUUGCAGCCAGAUUACUGCCACGCUCAAGCACAUUGCUGACUUUGCCCAGGAGCUACGGCCUCCAGCACUCGAUAUAAAGGAGGAGGAACUCGGAGAUCUGGUUGAGAAGGAAAUGGCAGCCACCGCCACAGCUGUAGAAGCAGCUGCUUCAAGGAUUGAGGAAAUGCUCAAUAAAUCAAGGACAGAUGAUACUGGACUACAGUUACAAGUCAAUGAACAGAUCCUGGGGUCAUGCACAGAUCUCAUGCAGGGAAUUCAAGCUUUGAUAAUGGCCUCAAAGGACCUUCAGAAAGAAAUUGUGGAGAGUGGAGGGGGUACAGCAUCUCCCAAAGAGUUUUAUGCCAGAAACUCACGGUGGACAGAAGGACUGAUCUCUGCUUCCAAGGCAGUGGGUUGGGGAGCUACUGUCAUGAUGGACGCUGCAGACCUUGUGGUGCAAGGACAGGGGAAAUUUGAAGAUCUAAUUGUGUGUUCCCAUGAAAUUGCUGCAAGUACUGCUCAGCUUGUGGCAGCUUCUAAGGUGAAGGCCGAGAAAAACAGUGCUAACUUGACAAGACUACAGCAGGCCUCAAAAGUUGUAAACCACAAUGCUGCAGGUGUGGUGGCUUCUACAAAGUCCGUCAAGUCCCAGAUUGAAGAAAAAGACACAAUGGACUUCUCUAGUAUGACGUUAACACAGAUCAAGCGGCAAGAGAUGGACUCCCAGGUGCGGGUUCUGGAGCUGGAAAGUCAGUUGCAGAAGGAGAGAGAGAAGCUGGGCGAGUUAAGGAAAAAGCACUAUGACUUAGCUGGUGUCUCAGAGGGAUGGGGAGAUGCUGCUGAAUAAACUUAAUUCAGCAUCCUCUCACAAUACCGAAUGCACACAGCCAACAACUUGGAAAGCACACGUCUAUGGCAAUCAAAUCAAUCCUCCUCAACACAGCCAGGACUGACCAGAACCAGCUUGCGCUGAGUAUUGCCAAUGGGCUACAGAACGGAAGCAGAACAGUAUGAAAGAUGCACUGACGGUUCACAGAAAAGGAAUCGGGAACCCGGCAAUAGUUUAUACUGCUUAACAUGCUCCACCACAACUCGCCCUCAAUGCUUGGAAGACAAAUAUAUUCAAUUUCUUGAUGUAUAUUUUAGAUUAGGAUCACACACAUAGAGUUCAGUGAUACUAAAGGUUGUGAAAUGGUGACUGAGACCGGACAGACUGUAAUACUCAGAAGCACCUAAACACGUUAGGUGCUUCAGAGCAGUCAGUAAAUGAGUAAUAUGUGAAAUGACCAAGUGCACAAUUAGGCCACUUUGGAGACACUUAAGAAAAACCUUUAGCUAUUACUGUCAUACACUAGCUGACGAGGAGAAAGAUAUAAUUAUUGCCUUAUAGGAUGUUGCCCAAAGUAUAAACAUGGAUAAGAGAGAACUAUGUGGCCACUGGACUGUUUCUAUUACUGGUGCUGCACAUGUAAACACAGCAUAGUUCUCCUGAAGCCUAGAAAUUAAUAUUAAUUUUGACUAAACAUUUAAAAUUGUUUGGAAAACUGCAAUAUUAUAUAUUGUAAACAUGCACAGUGUGAGCUGCAAUGCCAAUGCAUUGGAGGAAAAGCACCCAUGAUCUGUGAUUAUUCAAUAGACGCAGCACUUUGUUUAUAUGUUUUCACCACGUCAUUACAAAGCCUGAAUUCUUACCAUUGGAUGGUGCUGUCUGGGUAUUCUUCCCGGUCUUAUCUUCAUUUCCUGUCCCGCCAUCUUUGGAUGCAGCAAGAAGAGACGCAAAGCAUUAACCUAGGCUGCUUAGUCUGAACACACUGUGAGAUUAACCGAAGACAUUAUAUAGGCCAUGGUGUUUAUAAUGACUUCACGUAUGUGCCGUUACAUGUGGCACAAGUAGAUGUCACUGCAUUUACACAAAUAAACCAACUUCAUUUUUCUGA